AUGAGAGUGAAAAUGAAGGCUCUUUCACUUUGGCUGGUGACAUGCACAGCUGUUUCUAGUGCUCUUCUCAUCCGCCCAGAGAAGGACAGUGAAGAAGAUGCAAAGCUUGUACAGAACUAUUUGAAUAAAUUCUAUGCUGUUGAGCCAGAUCCAAAUCAACUUGGAUGGAAAAUAAAUGCUGAAUCUGCAGCUGAAAAACUUCAGAAAAUGCAACAAUUUUUUGGUUUGAAAGUGACUGGAAAAAUGGAUAAUGAGACAUUGGAAAUGAUGAAGAAACCCAGGUGUGGAGUUCCCGAUGUGGGUCUCUAUGGCUUCACUCUUCCCGGAUGGAAAAAAAACAAACUGACAUACAGAAUUGUGAACUACACACCAGAUAUGAGCAAGGAGGAUGUGGAUAAAGCAAUUCAGAAGGCUUUUAAAGUGUGGAGUGCUGUCACCCCGCUGGCUUUCACUCGCAUUCAUAAGGGAAUAGCAGAUAUAAUGAUUGCUUUUGGAACCAAAGUUCAUGGACAUUGCCCUCGCUAUUUUGAUGGCCCCCUUGGAGUUCUUGCUCAUGCCUUUCCACCUGGCAAUGGUUUAGGCGGUGAUGUGCACUUUGAUGAGGAUGAAGACUGGACCACAGGCUCAGCUGGGUUCAACUUGUUCCUUGUUGCUGCUCAUGAGUUUGGCCAUGCCCUGGGUCUCUCCCAUUCUAAUGACCAGAGGGCUCUCAUGUUCCCCAAUUAUGCCUAUGUCAGCCCCAGUGAAUUUCCCCUUUCUCCAGAUGAUAUAAGUGGCAUUCAGUCCAUUUAUGGAUCCCCACCAAAUGCCCCAGACAAAAGGCCAACUACCCCUACCUCACCUAAAACCUGUGGCUCCCAGAUGUCGUUCGAUGCUAUAACCACAUUCCGACAAGAAGUCAUUUUUCUAAAGGGCAGGCACUUAUGGCGGGUAUAUCCUGAUAACUCAGAAGCUGAGCGUGAAUUAAUUUCUGACUUCUGGCCAAAUCUGACUCCUGGUAUUGAAGCUGCGUAUGAGAACACAAAAGAUCAAAUCCUACUUUUCAAAGGCACCAAAUUCUGGGUUAUCAGCGGGUAUCAGGUGUUGCCUGGUUAUCCAAAGAAUAUCAACACACUGGGCUUCCCUAAAGGUGUCAAGAAGGUUGAUGCAGCUGUUUGUAAUAAAAAUACGGGGAAGACAGACUUUUUCAUAGGUGAUAAGUACUGGAGGUUUGAUGAAAACAGCCAGUCCAUGGAGAAGGGUUAUCCUAGACUGACAGUUGAUGAAUUUCCAGGAAUUAGUCAGAGGGUUGAUGCUGUUUUUCAACAGAAAGGAUUAUUCUACUUCUUCCAUGGAUCAAAGCAGUGGGAGUUUGACCCUAUUGCUAAAAAAGUUAUCAGAGAAAUGAAGAGUAACAGCUGGUUUAACUGUUAG